CAGGUAAAAUAUUAUCUCCUGGGCGCCCAUUAAAAACACCACCCCCGGCGAAGACUGGCGCUCGAGCCUGGCUAUUUAGCACUGUAGUUGGAGGAAAUGCCAAUGCAGAACCCGUAGCUUCCGGGAAGGUAAGCCCAGCUCCCUGGGUUAGUGGGUUGGUGUCAGGCCCUGCGAGCCAGCCGUAAAAAAGACUAGCACCGGAAAAUCAACAAGAGAAGAAUGCGAACCGAUACCAAUGGCGACGACCACAGCGACGAAAAGGGACUUGCGAUUGGAAGCUCGGUACGUGGAACUGCAGAUCUCUCAACUUCAUCGGGAGCACCCGCAUACUCGCCGAUAUACUGAAGGACCGCGGGUUCGGAAUCGUAGCGCUGCAGGAGGUGUGUUGGACAGGAUCCAUGGUGCGAACGUUUAGAGGUAAUCAUACCAUCUACCAGAGUUGCGGCAACACACGUGAGCUGGGAACAGCUUUUAUAGUGAUGGGCGACAUGCAGAGGCGCGUGAUCGGUUGGUGGCCGAUCGACGAAAGAAUGUGCAGGUUGAGGAUCAAAGGCCGAUUCUUCAACUUCAGCAUAAUAAACGUGCACAGCCCUCACUCCGGAAGCACUGAUGAUGACAAAGACGCAUUUUACGCGCAGCUCGAACGCGAGUACGACCGCUGCCCAAACCACGACGUCAAGAUCAUCAUAGGGGAUCUAAACGCUCAGGUAGGCCAGGAGGAGGAAUUCAGACCGACGAUUGGAAAGUUCAGCGCCCACCAGCUGACGAACGAAAAUGGCCUACGCCUCAUCGAUUUCGCCGCCUCCAAGAACAUGGCCAUUCGUAGCACCUUCUUUCAGCACAGCCUCCCGUAUCGUUACACCUGGAGAUCACCACAACAAACGGAAUCGCAAAUCGACCACGUUCUGAUUGAUGGACGGCACUUCUCCGACAUUAUCGACGUCAGGACCUAUCGUGGCGCUAAUAUCGACUCCGAUCACUACCUGGUGAUGGUUAAACUGCGCCCAAAACUCUCCGUUAUUAACAACGUACAUUACCGGCGGCCGCCCCGGUACGAUCUAGAGCGACUGAAGCAACCGGAUGUCGCCACCGCAUACGCGCAGAAUCUCGAGGCAGCGUUGCCGGACGAGGGUGUGCUCGAUGUGGCCCCUCUAGAGGACUGCUGGAGUACAAUGAAAGCAGCCAUCAACAAUGCAGCCGAGAGCACUAUCGGGUACGUAGAACGGAGUCGACGAAACGAUUGGUUCGACGAGGAGUGCAGAGCGGUUCUGGAGGAGAAGGAUGCAGCGCGGGCGGUAAUGCUGCAGCAUGGAACCCGACAGAAUGUGGAGCGAUACAGACAGAAGCGGAAGCAGCAGACCCGUCUCUUCCGGGAGAAAAAGCGCCGCCUGGAAGAAGCGGAGUGCGAGGAAAUGGAACUGCUGUGCCGUUCACAGGAAACACGCAAGUUCUACCAGAAGCUCAACGCAUCCCGCAAAGGCUACGUGCCGCAAGCCGAAAUCUGCAGGGAUAAGGAAGGGAGCCUCCUGACGGACAAACGUGAGGUGAUCGAAAGGUGGAAGCAGCACUUCGACGAGCACCUGAAUGGCGAAGAGAAUGUAGGCACGGAGGACCAAGGCAGCAGAGGAAAUGACUAUGUUGGUGCAGCAGAGGACGGGAACGAACCAACUCCCACGCUGAGGGAAGUUAAGGAUGCCAUCCACCAGCUCAAAAACAACAAAGCGGCUGGUAAGGACGGUAUCGCAGCGGAACUCAUCAAGAUGGGCCCGGAAAAGUUGGCCACCUGUCUGCACCAGUUAGUAGUCAAGAUCUGGGAAACCGAACAGCUACCGGAGGAGUGGAAGGAAGGGAUAAUCUGUCCCAUCCACAAGAAAGGCGACAAGUUAAUGUGUGAGAACUUUCGAGCGAUCACCGUUUUGAAUGCCGCCUACAAAGUGCUAUCCCAGAUCAUCUUCCGUCGUCUUUCACCUAAAGUAAAUGAGUUCGUGGGAAGUUACCAAGCCGGUUUCAUCGACGGCCGGUCGACAACGGACCAGAUCUUCACCGUACGGCAAAUCCUCCAGAAAUGCCGUGAAUACCAGGGACGAGAACAGCUUUCCCGGGAAGCUGACUAGACUGAUAAGAGCAAC